GCGCACUCAACAUUUCCUCGAACUGUCAAAAUCGCUUGUUGCUUCCUAUCCUAGCCUUAAAAGUAGUUAGCGAGCUAGCGUGUAGCGAGUGAUAGCGUACUUUCACUGAAAUCUGUUUCUAAACGCGGAAAAGUUUGCUGCCGGUGAGAAAUAGUGACGGGUGUCAGUCGGAGAGCGUUUCUGCCGUCCUGUGCCGAACCGCGAGUCCCGCUCCAGCCGAAAUAGCGCUCUCGGGGAAGCUUUGGUGGCGGCUGAAGUGCAGCUGGAUGUGACAGGUUCGUCAUCAGAUCACUGACAGAAAGUGCCUUGUGAGACAACAUCCCUACUUGAAGAUCCUCGAGUGUUUCUGAAGAGCUCCAGAUUUUGUCCUCUGCAGUCGUGACAGGACACAGCUCAGCUGCAAGCACCCCUGACCUUUGGUUUGUCCUUACCUGUGCUCUGUGUGAGGAAACUCUGAGCGAGGAGGUGGAGCUGCUGCACUGCUGGCCAAGCUGCCAAAGCUCAGAGAGAGUAUGUACUGAAGAGUCUAAACAAUAGAAGCCACAAACUUUGUGUUGUCCUAAACUGUGCCAUUGUACCUCAAAAUAGCACCACUUUUGUUCCCCAACAUCCGCCCUUGCAAAGAUAUCAUCACUCAUAUGAAGGACAUUUUGGGGACAUUAGUAAACCAGUAGAGCUUGUCUCCGAGCAUGCCCCCUCUGCCUUGUCAGAGGUCUGCACCUGAGACUUACUGAUUGAUGAACAAUUAGCUCUUUGACUGACAAACUCCACAAUAACGCAAUAGUGCAGUCCCAUGCUCAGGUCACAGAGACUUUGCCAGACCAUUACCUCCGUUUUCCCAUCUGCAAGGACAAACCUCAUUCACUGACCUGAAGCAGAUCAUUUAUAGCUACAUGUCCCAUCAGUUUUAGUCGUUGUGUGUUUUUAUUUUUUUAUUUUUUUUUUACUGGAACACUCUGAAAGACCUCCUCAGAGGAUAGCCUCCUCCUUAAACCAAGUGGCUCCACUCCACCCCGGCUCUACAGCCAGUGCUGUUGACAUGGCUCUAAACAUUGCCUCGAUACGGGACACAAAAUGGCUGACCCUGGAAGUGUGCCGACAGUUUCAGAGAGGGACUUGUUCACGCAGCGAUGAAGAAUGCAAAUUUGCCCAUCCACCUAAAAGCUGCCAGGUGGAGAAUGGGAGGGUGAUCGCCUGUUUUGACUCAUUAAAGGGCCGCUGCACGCGAGAGAACUGCAAAUACCUCCACCCGCCCGCUCACCUGAAGACCCAGCUGGAGAUCAACGGGCGAAAUAACCUGAUCCAGCAGAAGACAGCGGCCGCCAUGUUGGCUCAGCAGAUGCAGUUCAUGAUCCCCGGCACCACCAUGCAACCUGUGCAAACGUUUCCAGUCAGCCAGGGCCUCGGUUCCAGCACAGGCCUGAGCUACACGCCCUACCUGACUCCGAUGUCCCACAGCAUGAGCCUGGUGCCCACAGACAUCCUGCCCAGCACCCCCGUCAUCGUCCCCGGCAGCCCGCCCGUCUCCGUGACCGCCGGCUCCUCCUCCAACCAGAAACUUCUGCGUACUGACAAACUGGAGGUUUGCCGCGAGUUCCAGCGGGGCAACUGCGCCCGCGGCGAGACGGACUGCCGCUUCGCCCACCCCAGCGACAGCCCCAUGAUCGACACCAGCGACAACACGGUCACCGUCUGCAUGGACUACAUCAAGAGCCGCUGCUCGCGCGAGAAGUGCAAGUACUUCCACCCCCCGGCCCACCUGCAGGCCAAGAUUAAGGCCGCCCAACACCAGGCCAACCAGACAGCUGUGGCUGCACAAGCCGCCGCCACAGCUGCAGCCAUGACUCAGUCGACUGCCAAAGCAAUGAAGCGACCCCUCGAGGCAACUGUAGACCUGGCGUUUCCCCACGGCGUCCUCCAGCCCCUACCAAAGAGACCAGCACUUGAGAAGAGCAACGGAGCGAGCUCCCUGUUCAACCCCAGUGUUUUGCACUACCAGCAGGCGCUGGCCAACGCACAGCUCCAGCAGCCCGCUUUCUUUCCCACAGGGUCAGUCUUGUGCAUGACUCCUGCUAGCAGUCUUGAUCAUCCUGAAGUAAGCGUCAGGAAAGGAACGGAGUGUCACGAAGCUGCACUAGGAAACCCAAAACAGCCCCUCUGUAAAUACUACCUUACCUCUCCCAUAGAGGUCCAGCAACCUGCAUGCUAAGAGUGUAACACUUCAAUUUAACCGUAAGAACUGCAGUGCCGGUGUAACACACACAGAAAACAAAACAACAAAAAAAAGAUAUAUACUGUAUGUAUUGCUAGAAAAAAAACAAAACUAUUAACAUGAAAAAAUACUCUUAUGUAUAGUACAUACAUAGCAGACACACUAUAGAGGUCAUUUUAACAACUGUUCUCCCAGAAUACCAUGGACCCCCCUCUCUCCGUUCUCUCUCUUGCAUAUUUAUUCUAAAAAACCUCUGCACAAUGUUCAUCCCCUUCGGUUCAAAGAAAAUCUUGUGUGAUUUGCACUAUAUGAGACGUAUAGUGUCCAAAAAACCGGAAGAGUCACAGAAAACCCAGGCACAACCACACCUACGCACUCGGCGCUUUCAGGAGGGUUUGCGGUCUUUUGCGUUUUUCUUUUUCCCCUCUCUCUCUCUACAAAGUUGAAUGUCCUUGGGGCAGACAGGCUCAUGUUUUCUUAAUGCGACUGUCCCUGCGAGGGUUCCUCCGUGACCCUCAUCUGCCCCAGAUGCUGUUAAGAUGCCAUGUUGAAGCUUAUCCUCCUUCCUCCUCCUCCUCCUGCCAACUUUUCAUCUCCGGAAACAUCUUGCCAAAGUCGCGGCUUGGAAGAAGUCGGCGGAAUCAACCUGCCAGAAAGCAGAUUUUAAACACCCUCCCAAAUGUUUGUUUUUGUUGUUUUUCUCUAUACGUUUCCCACCAAUACGACCCACUCGCCCUUUAUUUGUUGUGCUGCUGGGUUCACGUCAGCAGGGAUAGAUUGUGCACGGAUUUUCUUUUUUUUUUUUUUUGCGUUGCAUGCAGUCGGGACAGGGGAAGACGGUGUUGACAGAAGAUAGUCGUGGCCAUUACCGAGAAGCCUAAAGGCUCGGCUCUGUGCCAAGGGCUCAACAAAGCUUGAGGGUUUGUUCCAGACAUACCAAGCCUUGUGUGUGUGUGUGCGUGUGUGUGUGUUCGUAUCUGGAGACUGAUGGUCUGCCGGCAGACUGGGACUUGAAGCGAGGUCUAGCAGGUGAUGGCGACACCAGGCCUGGUAGGAGAGUUUUUCUCUCUUGGGGGAGGGGGGGAUGGCGGGGAGGGAUUUAAGUGCUAAGACUUAACAAAUAAAAAAAUAAAAAAACUGGAAAAAAAAACAAACAAAAAAAAACGGUGCAUUUGACGACACCCGUCAAGCAAAAAGAUGACUUGAACUUCGACUGGAGGGCUAUCUGUGACCGUCGGUUGUCCUGUCCAACCCUACUAUCACCGAUAAUCCUGUUCCAUUUUAGAAAACUGUAGAAGUGCCUAAAAAAUGCUCAUCAACAACAACAACACAUCCGAGAGUGUAUCACUAAAAAAAAAAAAAAAGAAGAAGUCACAACCACACACCGGCCGUCAGAAGCCACACAGACUCGUUUUUUCUGGGGGAGAAAAAAAACAAAAAAAAGAGACAUUUUGGAAGCAGUUUUCUAGCAAACGGCUCAUUAACAUCACAAGUGACUUUAAAAAGAAAAUUCAAGACAAAUCAAAAAAACUAGCUUUGUAGAAUGUUUGGUGACUUUCACGGUGUACCAUCGUUUCUUACCAUGGGUUGAGUAGUUUACAUGAGGAACGUGAGGAUUAAAAAAAAAACAAAUGUAUUGUAAAACUGUGUAAUGUAUGUAAAAGUGUCUCUUAUUUUGAGAGUUUAUAUUCAUGGUUCUAGAAAUGUAUUCAAAGUUAUUUAAAAAAAUUUGUGUUGUGUCUACUAUCAAGGUAUGUUUGGACCCCCUACCCCCUAAACCCUCCACCACCACCACCACCUCCACCUCCUGGAACAAUCAUUUGUUUCUCAGCCAACAUCAUAUAAAAUUUUAAUUUAACCCUCUUUUAUUUUUUUUUUAGCAGCGUGUUUUAACUCGUAACACUACUUUUUAUUUCCUCCCAAAACCCUGAUGUAAUUUCAUGGUGCUUGAUUAACAUCGACAAUCCACAAUCAUAUGUUUUUUUUCUUUCGGUUUCAUCCACUUUGAUUGUCCUCACAUGUGUGUAAUAUUCGUGGAAGGUGGUGAAAGUUCUAUUUUGUUGUAAUUUAUCUUACGUUACUCUUGGUCAAACUUUAGUCAAAAAAACCAAACCAAACCAAAAAAAAACAAAACAAUGUUGUAAACUAUUCUAUUUUGAAAUGAAUGUAAUUUAUUGAGCUGUGCUACAUUCUGCACGGUUGGUCAUUUCAAGGUCUAACCUGUCAGGUCAGCGAAUGAGAAGCCGCACACGUCUGAGGGGCGGGGUUUUAAAAAGUCGACCCGCCAAUGGAAAGCUACUGGAUCUCUCUUGCCUUCUCAUUGAUUUAAAAAAAUAAAAUAAAAUGUAAAAAAAAAAAAAAAAGAUCACGGGUGUUGCAGUAAUGAGCAUAGUUAUAGAGUUGCUUGUGUUGUUGGAGAAAAAAAACAAAAAUGUUUAUUGUAUAGAUGACAUUUUACCAAAAAAAGCAAAGAAAAUUUCAAAAAAGAUGUACUUUUCACUCUAGUAUAAUAGUAUUUCAUAACAAUAUUAAGUUGUUGCUGUGGCAACCAAAUGUUGCAAUUACUAAAGUUCGGUAUUUUUGUAAAUGACAUUGUUAAGUUGAUUUUUUUUUUUGUUCCUUUUUUUUGCUAGAACACUGUACACAAGGUAGAUUGUAAAGAAGAUACAAACAUUUCUUAUUCUUCACUGAGAUUACGACAAUGACCUAAUAUUUUCAUUAGCAAAUAACAGCCUGUAUAGCGCUGUGACUGUAACACUUAUAGAUUUAAAGUCAUCAAUGUUACAUAGAUUGCAUAUAAAUAUAUAUAUAUAUAUAUAUAAGAACUAAAUAAUCUAUAAAUUAAUAAGUUCAGAUGUACAACUCUUCCCCCGACAAAGGACCUCUAGGUUCCACACUUUUAUUUGAGGCGUAUGUAUCACUAGACUUUAGGAUUGCACUUUCAUAUUGUUUAAAGAUGUGAUCUGUUCUUUUUUUUUUUAUUUCCUUUAAGGGUUUCCAAUCUCUGCACCCUGUAAUCUGUUCAUCAAUCAAAAAGCAGAUCCUACCGGCGAUUAAUUCAACAUUUUUGCAUGGGAAAACAAUAUUUUCUUUUCUUACUAAAUGAUACUGAAUGUUUCUAGUGGAAAAAAAACAAUGUCUGUACACAAAAAUGUGCUCAUUUGGUGACCCACAAUGCCCUUGUGUAUGGAAUCCUCUUGAGAUGUAAUGUUUUUUUUCUUUUUUUUUUUUCUAAAUGUGUUGGCAGUGAUGGUAAAAAGAAAAAAAAAGCACUUUCUGAGCAGUUGGUCAACUGAGCAGACUCAGCUUAUCCAAACACUUUGCCUUAUCUUGAGUCCAUCGUGCUUAAGGUUUUAUGUUUUUAAGAGCUCUUAUGAAAUUUAUUCAAGGGACUCCCACCGGGUCUCUCUUCUCAAAUCCCUUCGGAGUUUCGUUUCAGAUGUGUACCUUUAUAUCGGAGAAUCAUUUUUUAAGGUUUGUGCGUCACAAGGCCAAAAACAAAACUAAACAAACAUGGGGGUGACUGCAACAGAGCGAACAGUCACUUUGGUCUUCUGGUCUCCCAAGUCUGACAUCUUCUCGUCCCCAUUGCCUUACAAUGGAAGCGUUCGAGCUUUAGCCAGCAGAGGGCGCUGCUCCGGAGACUGCAGGUGGUGGAGUGUGACUGUUGCAGUUUACCUUCCCAACAAAAGUAAAGACAUGAAGACAAAUUGACUAGAAGACCCCCCCGCCCUCAUCGGAUUUAUAGUUUCAGUGUAAUCAUUUUUAAAUGUAUUCUUUUGCAUAUAUUUUGUGCUAUUUUAUGUUUCUAUAGUCAAAAUGUUUCUUUGGUUCCAGCAAGAUAGUGUAAAAUCUAUUGAAAGAAAGAAAUAAAGAAAAAUCAAAGGAA